AUGUUGGCGAAAAUCUUCACCACGGUCAAAUAUACUUUAGUUUCGAUUAAUUUAUUGUUUUUGAUAACAGGUAUUAUUGUACUGUCCGUCGGUAGUUCUGUGCAAUCCGCGUACAAUGAGUACCAUGUGUUCCUGUCUGAGAGAUUUUUCUCUCUUCCCGCGUUUUGCAUCGCUACCGGAAUCAUCAUCUUCCUUAUAUCCUUUGCUGGUUUCUACGGAGCCUUCAAGGAGAACUAUUACGUUAUCAUGGGGUUCGUAGGAGCCAUGAUCUUGAUGUUCAUAUUCCAACUAUCAGCGUGUAUCGCAGGCUAUGUUCUGCGUGGAAACACGAUUGCGCUUGUUCAGAAGAAGCUCAUCGAAACAAUGGACCUCUACGGUGAAAAGAGCUUUGAGGUUACUAAGCUGUGGGAUGAAGUGCAGACUGACUUCACUUGCUGUGGCGUGCUAAAUUCAAGUGAUUGGUUGACUCCGUUAAACACAGUGGCGACUCAAGGAGUUCCUAUCAGCUGUUGUGACCAUGUCUACGGUACAAUCACGACUUUCAACUGCAGUAUUGCUACCGCUUAUAAGACUGGAUGCUCAGAAGUCUUCGGUAACUGGGUGGAGUCCCAUGCGACGACUAUUGGGUUAUCGGGAGUAUUUUUAGUUUUAAUGCAGGCUCUGAUUGUCGCGGGCGGAUUGUGGCUGGCUAACAUUUCAAGGCAGGAGCGAGAGUUUCCUUAAAAUAUGUAUUAAAUUAUAUAAAUAGAUACUAAGGAUAAAAUAAAAACUAUUUCUGUAUUUAAUAGUUAUUAACUUAUUUCUAUUCAAGCAUUUUGUUUAUUAAUCUUUUAUCAAAUAUUAUUACGUUGUCUAAAGGAUAUUGUUAGUUAUAUUUCCAGCACUACUGUUUAGAAUUAAGAUGAUAUUGCCCUAUUUAAUAUUUGUCAAAAUAUCUUUAGAACUAAUAUAAAACAAGAACGUCUCUUGACAUAAUCGUAUUUAGUUAGCAUAAUUUGCUAGGUAGAAUUGAUCAUUUCUGAGAUGAACAUUAUACAUUAUAAACUAUUCUAAAAUUAUUGCGUCCACGUGUAAAUAUACAAAAAAAAAAAAACGACACACGCAAACACACAUCUUGAUAUAAGUAUUAUUUAUGUAUUAUAUAUGUGAUUGACUUAUGUACUUAAAAACGAACAAAAUGAAGUUAAUAAAUUAUUGAUCGCUUUAAAAUGUUUUUCUAAAACAAUGGUUUUAAUAAUGAUUGUAAGUGUCAUCAGAAAUAUACGUCAAUGAUGAUAAAUGUUUGUAUUAUUUUUAGACCUGUAUCUUUUGUAAUUGCGAAAUUAAAAGGAAAUGCUUGCAUGCUA